GUCUGGAGAAACCUGGUGGGGCGUCCCUGCAAGGGCUUGAGGAGUCUCCCCUUCAGCGCCCCAGAAGUCUGUCUGGGCCGCCCCGGAGAGGCCGGAGGAGAGACCGCAUCCCGCCCGCCGUCCUCCCCCCGCCCCCCCGCAGAGGCGGCGGCGGCGGCGGCGAGGCCUGGGCGGGCCCGGAGGCGGGAGGGAGGCCGCUAGGGGCGUUGCGGGCGCCAAGUCCGCCCGGCUGGUCGGAGCGGCGGAAGGGAAGCGAAGCGAAGGGGCCGGGCCGGCGGAGCAGAGUCUGCGGGCGAUGUAGCACCGGGCCCGCGCUGGCUGUGCGGCCGCCUCCUGCUGCCGGCCCCGGGGCUGCGGCCUCCUCCUCCUGCGCGGCGCCAUGCCGUCCACGCCUCUGCCGCCCAAGGAGAGCAACCUCUUCAAGCGGAUCCUGAAAUGUUAUGAACAAAAGCAAUACAAAAAUGGACUCAAGUUCUGCAAGAUGAUCCUCUCCAACCCAAAGUUUGCUGAGCAUGGAGAAACAUUGGCUAUGAAAGGACUGACAUUGAACUGCUUAGGGAAGAAGGAAGAGGCAUAUGAAUUUGUCCGUAAAGGUCUUCGAAAUGAUGUUAAAAGUCAUGUCUGUUGGCAUGUGUACGGUCUCUUGCAGCGCUCUGAUAAAAAAUAUGAUGAAGCAAUUAAGUGCUAUCGAAAUGCUCUCAAGUUAGAUAAAGACAAUCUACAAAUCCUAAGGGAUCUCUCACUGUUGCAAAUCCAAAUGCGGGACCUUGAAGGAUACAGAGAGACCCGGUAUCAGCUACUACAGCUGCGGCCAACUCAGAGGGCUUCAUGGAUUGGAUAUGCAAUUGCAUAUCAUUUGCUAAAAGAUUAUGACAUGGCCUUAAAACUUCUGGAAGAGUUUAGAAAAACUCAACAGAUUCCUCCUAAUAAAAUAGACUAUGAAUAUAGUGAAUUAAUUCUGUACCAGAACCAAGUGAUGAGAGAAGCAGAUUUGUUUCAAGACUCUCUGGAGCAUAUUGAAACCUAUGAGAAGCAAAUAUGUGAUAAACUCAUGACGGAAGAAAUCAAAGGAGAAAUGUUGUUGAAGUUGGGAAGACUAAAGGAAGCUUCUGAAGUAUACAGAGAGCUUCUUGAUCGGAAUGCAGAAAACUGGCAUUACUAUGAAGGUCUGGAACAAGCCCUCCAGCCACGUACUUUAGAUGACAGGCUACAAAUAUAUGAAGAAAUAAGCAAGUGGCAUCCAAGAGCAGUUUCACCUAGAAGAUUACCUUUAACCUUUGUCACAGGUGAAAAAUUCAGAGAGUUGAUGGAUAAGUGGUUGAGGGUAAACUUCAGUAAAGGCUGCCCACCCUUGUUUACUACUUUGAAAUCUUUAUAUUACAAUACAGAAAAAGUUUCAACCAUCGAAGAACUUGUUACUGGUUAUGAAGCUUCUCUGAAAACCUGUGACUUGUUUAGUCCAUAUGAAAACGGAGAGCGGGAGCCCCCAACAACCCUCCUUUGGGUUCGCUAUUUCCUCGCGCAGCACUUUGACAAAUUGGGUCAGUUUUCCAUGGCCUUGGAUUACAUUAAUUCUGCCAUCGCAAGUACACCAACAUUAAUAGAGCUGUUUUAUCUAAAAGCCAAAAUUUACAAGCAUGUUGGCAAUCUGAUUGAGGCAGCCAGAUGGAUGGACGAAGCACAGUCCUUGGACACAGCGGACAGAUUCAUCAACUCGAAGUGUGCAAAGUACAUGUUGAGAGCAAACAUGGUGAAAGAGGCAGAGGAAAUGUGCUCCAAGUUCACAAGGGAAGGGACAUCUGCCAUGGAGAACCUCAAUGAAAUGCAGUGCAUGUGGUUCCAAACUGAGUGCGCUUUAGCGUUUCAGAGAUUGGGAAGAUAUGGAGAGGCCUUGAAAAAGUGCCAUGAAGUAGAAAGGCACUUCUUUGAGGUGACAGAUGAUCAGUUUGACUUCCACACGUACUGCAUGAGGAAGAUGACGCUGCGCGCCUACGUCGACCUCCUGCGACUGGAAGACGUUCUUCGGAAACACGCCUUCUACUUCAGGGCAGCUCAGUCAGCCAUUGAAAUCUACUUGAGGCUUCAUGACAAUCCACUGGCCAAUGAAAGCAAAGAACAAGAAGUAAACUCAGAAAACCUUUCUGCCAAGGAACUGAAGAAAAUGCUCAGUAAACAAAGACGAGCACAGAAGAAAGCGAAGCUUGAAGAGGAGAGAAAGCACGCAGAAAGAGAGAGGCAGCAAAAGAAUCAGAAAAAGAAACGAGAUGAGGAAGAAGAGGAAACGAGUGGGCCCAGAGAAGAACUGUUUCCUGAAAAAUUGGAAAGGGCUGAUAAUCCAUUGGAGGAAGCUAUUAAGUUCCUUAUACCACUUAAGAAUCUUGCAGCAGAUAACAUUGACACUCAUCUGUUGGCAUUUGAAAUAUAUUUCAGGAAAGGCAAAUUUUUAUUAAUGUUGCAGUCAGUCAAAAGAGCUUUUGCCAUCAACAGCAAUAACCCAUGGCUACAUGAAUGUUUGAUUAAAUUCUCCAAGUGUGUGUCUGAUCACAGCAAUCUAUCAGAUGUCGUGAACAAAGUCCUAACCCAAGAAAUGCAGAAGAUCUUCAUUAGUAAAGACUUGGAAAGUUUCAAUGAAGAAUUCCUCAAACGCAACCCGGCCUCCAUUCAGCAUCAGCUAUCAGGUGCCAAAAUGAUGUAUUUCCUGGAUAGUUCAAGGCAAGAGAAAGCUACUGCCGUUGCUACAAGAGCAGACGAAACUAUGAGAGACAAAAAUGUGAAGACAUUAACAAAGGUCCUGGAGUCCUUACGAGAUGGCAGCUUUGGAUUGUGCCGCUCCCAGAGCAAUGAAUAUCGGAUAGUGUGCCACAAACUGUUUCCUCUAGCAUCUGCCUUUAUGCCUCUCACAAAUGAAGAUGACGGUUGCUUUGCAUCUUUGAAUCAUACAGCCCUUAAUCACGACGUGCUGUCCAAUGAAAUUUAAAACAGGAUCCCAAAAUAUCUCUUCUUCUCAACUGAUGGUAUACAGAUCAGGGGCUUUUUUUCUACAGAAUGUGAUGAAACACAAUCCAGAUCUCAAAGCAGAGGCAAUUGAAUGGAACCGUACUGUACUCUGAUCUCUUUGUCCCACAACAAGAGCUGCCAAUAUUGUUGUGAACAUCUCUCUUCUCUCUCAAUAAUACUCAUCAUGUUUAUACUUGUAAAGUUAUGAAUAUUUUUAUUGCAAAUCAUGGACUCUAGAAAUUGACCAUUCACAUAAAUGUUGUUGCAUAUACAAAAUUUUUAAAGCUAAAAGUAAUUCCCCUCUGCAAGCAUCAGGUCAGUACUGACACAUAGGUGACUUCAUGACGUCUGCUAGGCAGACAAUGUUUACGGGGUAGUUUGUCAUUGCCUUCGCCAGACAUCUGCAUUUUACUCCUAGCAAACUGCAUACUCAUUUUACUGAACUCAGAAGGAUGGAAGGCUGAGUCAAUCUGAAGCCGGCUACCUGAAACCAGUUUCUGUCGGGGUCGAACUCAGGAGCUUGGACUGCAGAACUGCAGCUGGCCCCUCUGUCCCUGGAGCACUAUAAAUAGUCUUACAAAACAUCUGUCAGAUGAGCAGCGUUGGUGCACUGGCUCCAGUCUCAGCCCAUGGGUCUCAAUGGACUGUGCAGGACUGCACUGUUGGGUGGAUCGGAUGCUGCGUGUCCUCUCCAAUUGUUCUGUUUCCCACGGCUUUUUAUUCCCUUCCCACAAGCAUUUAAGUUCUGAUUAGGCCACAGAAAUCUGUCCAUUCAAAGUGUCCAAUGGAAACAGUCAUCUUUAAACUGAGGAGGGGGAAAGUUUUUAGAUUGGAACCAUUUUGAAAACGAUAGCCUGUUUCCCCCAAAACUAAACAUUUGAGCAGCUUAUUUAAUUUUUCAACGAAUGCCCACUGUCAGGGUUUAUAUAGUUUCUCUAACCACUUCCAACUUUUAGGCCUUGCUGGUGCAGUCCUAAGCAGAGUUAUAAGCCCCAAUAAUGCUGUUGACUUCAGUGGACUUCGGGAGAUGUAACUCUCCUGAUAAUUGAACUGUCAGUAAAGCAGCCAAGAAAGUGGUUAUUUCCACAUUGGAAAUUCUGUUUGCUAUUGAACUCCGCUAAACACUUGAGUUUGGAUUUAAGAACAGUGAAUGCUAAUUCUGUUUCCACUGAAAUGUUGCUUUAAGUGCAAUAAAGUAACUAGCAUUUAAGAAGUAUAUUUAAAAGGAAGACCUUCAACAAGGGCAGCUGAACUUCAGGUCAAAGCUGUUCUUUUUUUCCUGGACUUGCAUUAACCUGAAUGUACAUCACGCGCACAACUUGUCACAGUUUUAAUUCAGCUCUCCCCAACAGACAAAUGGCUGUCCCUGACAACUUUAUAUAAACCACUAUGAAACUUACAAUACACCCUAUGGCUUGUACAAAAAAAUCCAUUUUAUCCAAAACGAAUCGAAGAACCGGGGUUUUUAGGUUAAUGUCGGUGUAUCAGUAAUAUCCCUUAGACCCAAUACAAAGUUCAAGAAGGGAAAUGUUAUCCAAAUAAAAGGUUAUAAUUACGAUGGUCAGCCAUUUAGGAACUGUUAUAGUUAAAUAAAAAACUCACUGUAAGAUAAUGUCAACUGAUAAAAUGCUGUAAUAAAUUAUUUUGUACACACUG